AUGCAAGCCACUGUCCAGUCGCGUCGUCGCAAAGUUUCAUUGAAAGGAUAUCCAGAUCGGAGGCUUCCAAAUUGUUGCCGUCCGUUGCAAAUCGCUGCCUUCGUCGAUUUUGAUGAAAUGCCUAUGGGUUUUUGCUUUUAAAUCAAAACAGGAAACAGAAAUUAUUUUUUUUGUAACUUCCCUCAGCGACUUCUUAUUUUCAUUCAUAUUAAAAAUAGCGGUUUCAAUCAGGUCUACCGCCAAAGUGACAUACUCACAAUUAAAAUUCCCAGUUUUUCCUUUUCUCCUUCUCAUUUUCCUGUAAAAAAGAGAAGCUGCCUUAUCAGAUGGAGAAAACAGCGCGGGGUCAGCCACUGAGGGAGUCGACUGUUUGUCCGGCUGCUCGUUCUCGUUUUCCGCGGCGGUUCUCACCUCACCGGCCAUUGAUAUUGCUCGACUCUCGCUGUCCUUUUUUGCUCAAGUAUAUGCCUCUGAUGGCUUUCGGUCUGUGUAUCAACUUCGCUACAAACAAUCGGAUUUAGUUUGAGAAGAAAAAUAGAAAUUGACCUGGAAAUGACCAGAAUCAUUUUUUUUACUAAUUCACAAUUGAGGAAAGGAUCUUUAACGAGAUAAUAACCUGGACACCCUGAAAAAAAAACUCGGUUUUUUUGUAAGUUUUCCACUUUCACUCUCCUCUUACAAAAUCUUGUUAGGUAAUGAUUUCAAUGUUUAUUUUCUGGGUCUGAGAGAAAUUAGUUUUUUUUUUCCUCAAAGUUUUCUCAAUAUGCUCUUUUAACUUUGCCCCUAAUAUACCAUUUUCUUGAAACUAAGAUUCCUGUUAACUUAUUUUUCGUCUUGCUUGUUUCCUGUGGUUUCUGUACGGAGGUUCCACCUCGAUUUCAUCCAUUCAACUUUUUCGUCGGUUGUUUCCCCCUUGAAUGGCCAGCUUUGAGAAGCGACAACGCACUGCACCCAACCCCAAACACUUCUUUUUGUUUGCGUCUCCGCAAUUUUUUGUGCGUUUUUUUUUUCGAAACUCCACUAAACUAGAGUUUUCCGAAUCACAAAAUGAUAAAUAGCGAAGAAGUUUUUGAUCUUUUGCAACUUCUAUACUCGAUGAGUAAUGUAUUUCUCCAAUCCAUUAAAUCCUUUAUUCGAUUCUAGCCUUGUAGUCUUUAAUGUUUCACACUUUGAAAAAAGUUUUCGACAAAAAGAAAAAAUAAUAAUUUCGAAUAAUUUUCGACUGAUGCUCUAGCGCACUUUUCAUUUAUAUAGUUUGUUCAGAUUUUUACUGUCAAGGGCAAUGACGUCAUUUAAAAACACUCUGUGGAUGGCUCGCUCUCUGAUUGGUUUUUCGCACCAUAAGGGGUGGAGCUUGAGCGACGACUUGACAUUCAAAAUCUGAACAGACUAUACUCAGGCUUGUGCGAGGGCCGGCCCGUCACCCUCCCGGCCCUCCGACCAUUUCGUAAGCCCGGCCCGGCCCGGCCUUAG